AAAUAUUCGUCUUGUUGUGUUAAUGUUAACAAGAGGUUCGAGCACGUCUGUCAUAGGCACAGUGUCAUAAUUCACCAGACAUCUGCAUCUAGGCAGGAUUAGACAUUUUGAGAAAGGAUUUAUUAUCUACAUUAUCUUUUCAUUUAUGGAUUGGUUGGGUCUUAUUGGUGACACCAUUAAUUUUUAUGUGGAUUACGAGCUGUAAUAUUAAAUACAAUGAAAGUUCCAGUGUUUAUAAUCGAUUCAUUCACAGACGAACCAUUUAGUGGAAAUCCGGCAGCAGUAUGUUUACUGGCAACACAAGGUGAUACAAAGGCUCUGACAGACGAAGACCUCCAGCGAAUCGGCGGCGAAAUGAAUCUGUCUGAAACUGCCUUUAUUUCUUGUGAUGGCGAAUCGAGCGACUUCCGCCUGAAGAGUCACUUUGGUUUGCGGUGGUUUACGCCGACGGUGGAGGUGAAUCUAUGUGGUCACGCUACGUUGGCAGCCGCGGCCACCCUGUUCUACGUCAAAGGCAAUCAGUCGGAGACCAUCAGUUUUCAAACACGAAGUGGAAUCCUCAAAGUGAAAAAUAAAGGAGAUCAGUUAUCGAUGGAUUUCCCCCUAAAUCCAUCACAAAAACAGGAAAGAGACAUUGUGAAAGAUCUUCUGAAGGUAGUGGUUGAAGAAACUGAUAUUCAAGAUGUUGAAUAUUCUCCCAACACAAGAAAGUUAAUACUUAGAUUGCGAGACACUUUACCACGAAGUUACUUGGAGAAACUACGGCCACAGAUAUCAAUGAUGGAGAAAAACGAACCCUCUGGUCAAAUAAAGGGUGUUAUUGUGACUCUGAAAGGUUCAGAAUCCAACGGGUGUGUCGACAAAAGUGGCAAACAGUAUGAUUUCGUCUCGAGAUACUUUGCCCCAUGGGUCGGUAUCCCAGAGGAUCCAGUAACAGGAGCUGCCCAUACAGUAUUAGCGAGUUAUUGGUCCAAGGAACUAAGCAAGAAAAACCUUUACGCUCGACAGUGUUCGUCAAGAGGCGGUGAUAUCAUAAUACAAGUUGACAACGACAGAGUUCACUUGGCCGGAAGUGCAACAGUUGUCAUGUGUGGAACACUGGACAUUUAAAACUUCCAGUAAAUGUUUCACAAACGUUUAUGUGGAAUCUCUACAGUUGCGUGUAUUACAGAAUAAACAAAUGUACAAUACACAUAAGCUUUCUAGAAAAAGCAUGGCGGCGUAGGGUAGGGACUCGUUUCAUUUGACCCUAUCCACAUAACGUUCAGACACGGCCGUCCUGGGAACGAUUUCAGACAUGUUCCAGAAAAUAUGCUCAGGGCACGAUAGACUGCGGUACAAAUUUAGUUUCAUACAGUAUACUGGUACCUGUGUUCAUAUAAACAGCUGCGUGCUUAUUUUAAACAAUUGUAUGCAAUUUAUUAUAUAAAAGCUGCAAUAUGUUAAUACAAUGCAAUGCAAUGUAAUGUAAUGCAAUGCGAAGGCCUUGCAUAUUAUAUUAUAGAUAUAGGAUUUUAUAAUGUUUUAUUAUUGUUAUAUAUUGACCCUAAUUUACAUGUUUCAUUUGUUUUAGUCUAUAAUACCAAAGGCUGUUGUGACUUGUCAUUACACAAUCAAUACGACUAUAUAUUAUAUACCAUUGAUUUAUGCAAAAUAUGAUGUACUAUAUAUUAUAUACCAUUGAUUUAUGUAAAAUGUGAUAUACUGUAUAUUAUAUACCAUUUAUUUAUGCAAAAUAUGAUAUACCGUAUAUUAUAUACCACUGAUUAUGCAAAAUGUGAUAUACUGUAUAUUAUAUAUCAUUGUUUAUGCAAAAUAUGAUAUACUGUAUAUUAUAUACCAUUGGUUUAUGCAAAAUAUGUUAAACUAUAUUAUAUACCACUGAUUUAUGCCAAAUUUAAUACACUGUAUAAGACCAUAAAUUAAUUAAAUUUACUGCUGCU